GACGAACCUAGCCGAACCUGAUAUUUCGCGCAUGCGAAAAUUGUUUAUAAUUUUAUUAGAAAAGUUUGAAAAUUAGGAGAGAAUUUCGUUCGUUAUGUACGUUGUGAGCAUUCGAGCUCUUGUACGAGACGCUUAGAAGCUGUCAGAAACAAAAGUAAAAUUUCCCAAUUACUAGGCAGUUGCGAAUUCAUAAAUUGGUGUCACCGGCAAUCAAUUUGAGGGAGACAAUUUUUCAGAAAUAUUAACGAGAAUAUAAAUUAAUACAAAAUGGAAAGAAAAGAUCAAGAUCAGGAUGAAAAAGCAGUUGAAUUCCAGUUUCAAAAGGUAAGACGCAAACAAAGAUCCAGGAGGCAACAACAUGUACUCCCAAUACAACAGCAACAAACACCAUGGAAUCAACCACAAUACUCACACAGUUCACUUGAACAACAACCAGUAACACGAGACUUUUCACAACAACAUGUACCCCCAAGACAACAACAACAGACAGAAUGGAAUCAAGGACAAUUUUCAGAAUAUUCACAAAAUUUACUUGAACAACCAGUAUCAGGAGAUACUGGAUCUCAACUGCAAAGGAUUUUUCCUCAACAACAACAAAGAACGAGGGACCGACAACAAGGAAAUAGGAAUCAACAACAAAGGCAGUACUCACAACAGCAAGAAAUACAGUAUCAAUCAGGACAACCUCAGCAAGUACAACAAUACUCGCAACAAAGAACACGCACUUCACAAUAUCAGGAACAACAAGUUCCAGGACCCUCCAGACAACAACAGACAGAAUGGAAUCAAGGACAAUUUUCAGAAUACUCACAAAAUUUACUUGAACAACAACAACAAAAAAUGAGGGACCAACGACAAGGAAAUAGGAAUCAACAACAAAGACAGUACUCACAACAUCAGGCAAUGUCACAUAACUUAUCACAACAACAGCAAGAAAUACGGUAUCAAUCAGGACAACCUCAGCGAGUACAACAAUACUCACAACAAAGAAUACGCACUUCACAAUAUCAGGAACAACAAGUUCCAGGACCCUCCAGACAACAACAGACAGAAUGGAAUCAAGGACAAUUUUCAGAAUACUCACAAAAUUUACUUGAACAACAACAACAAAAAAUGAGGGACCAACGACAAGGAAAUAGGAAUCAACAACAAAGACAGUACUCACAACAUCAGGCAAUGUCACAUAACUUAUCACAACAACAGCAAGAAAUACGGUAUCAAUCAGGACAACCUCAGCGAGUACAAAAAUACUCACAACAAAGAAUACGCACUUCACAAUAUCAGGAACAAGUUUCAGCAAAGACAGAUGGGACAAUACCUAUUUUGACAAAUAUGUUUGAAAUUAUAAUUGGUGAAAACUUUGCAACCAGCAUUGUUCAUUAUGAUGUAAUAAUUGAGCCUAAAUCCUCUAAAGCUAUACAUACAAAAGUUUUUGAAGAAUGUAGAGAUAAACACUUUGAAAAGAAUUAUCCAGCAUUUGAUGGAAUAAAAAAUGCAUAUAGUGCAACGGAGCUUCCUAAUGUUCAUGAAACUGAGAUUGAGAUCCAAGAUAAAGUAUGUGAUAAUCAAUGUGGCGAUGAAAGAUGCAAGACAGAAUGUACUACAUCUACAAGAAAUAAAACCUUUAGAAUUACUUUACAGAAAGUAGGAGAAAUCGAUUUUAGCUGGUUAAAAAACUUAUCAGUUAAAGUUGAUGACAUUCAAAGUAGUAUACAAGCUCUAGAUAUCAUCAUACGUUAUAGACCUAAGUCAAAAUUUAUUAAUGUUGGAAAAUUAUUGUUCCGGGAUCUAGAUAAUGGAACAUUACUAGAUAGAAAAAAGCCACAUUAUUUAACAUUAUCAUGGGGUCUUUUUUAUCCGCUAUACUUGGAUAUAGAAUGUAUUUAAAUGUAGAUGUUGUUCCUACAGGAUUUGUUAAAGCUGAGAAGGUUAAUUGUUUAAUAAAUCAAUUAGAAGAAUACGA